CCUAGCGGGAUAGCAGUAUGCAGCACGCAGCACGCAAACUUCUGUCACUUCAUUAUUUUAAUUCAGCCCCAAGACUCACAACAGCGCGAGACGAGUGCGUGGGUCAGAGAAGUUAGCGCGUAGUCGCUACCUUACGACGCCGGUUGUCAGAGCCCGUGAAAUAAACAAAUCCAUGUGCAAUCCUUGGAAUUACUACUGAACGCGUUUGGAAUUUAUUCAGUAACAAUGUAAUAUACCCGCGGUUGUAAAGGAGGACGUGCAAAAUAUGAAAUAGAAAUGUGGAUUUCUACAUGAGUUUUCUGUGGAGAGAAGGUUGAGAUUCUGCAAUGCUGAUAACCACUUUUCAGAGGAACCCAGGGGUUACAAUGGGUCAUAUGUUGUUUUUUGGAUGUAGCUGGAUGUACCUUGCCGUCUCCUUGUCCACCUCCUCUGAGCAGACGGAAGGUGACCAGUCUCAGACGGCUUACUUCCUGCCUGAGUUUGCCCUCUCGCCGCAGGGAAGCUUCCUGGAGGACACGACUGGAGAGCAGCUACUAACCUACCGCUCUGAUGACCAGGCCUCCAGGACCACGCGGUCGGACGAGGACAGGGAUGCAGGCUGGGAUGCGUGGGGCACCUGGAGCGAGUGCUCACGCACCUGUGGGGGAGGAGCUUCCUACUCACUACGCAGAUGUCUGAACGGAGGAAACUGUGAUGGCAGAAAUAUCCGGUACCGCACGUGCAGUAAUAUGGACUGCCCAAAAGAGUCAGGGGACUUCCGAGCCCAGCAGUGUUCGGCUCACAACGACAUCCGGUACCAGGGUCAGACCCAUGAAUGGGUGCCCGUCCGGAACGACCCGGUGUCCCCCUGUGCCCUCAAGUGCCAAGCACGUGGUCGUAGCCUGGUACUGGAGCUGGCACCCAAGGUCUUGGAUGGCACUCGCUGCCGCACGGACUCACUGGACAUGUGCAUCAGUGGUAUCUGUCAGGAGGUUGGAUGUGAUCGACAAUUGGGAAGCAAUGCCAAGGAGGACAACUGCGGUGUCUGUGCAGGCGAUGGAUCCACCUGCAGACUGGUCAGAGGACAGAAACUGGCCCACGUCUCAGCAGAUGAACCCAUCAAGAGCAUGAUUGAAAUUCCUCUUGGAAGCCGCAACCUGAGGAUUACAGCCAAGGGACCUGAUGUCAUCAUUGUGGAGGCAAUCACAGAGCAGGGUCGGCAUGAGGAGCAUGUCCUGGGUACAGCAGGGUGGUUCGUCAUGGGUAACACCAGCUUGGAGCUCCAGCGCUCCCCAGAGAGGCAGACCCUACGCUGCCCAGGACCCCUGGCUGCUGACCUCACCAUCAAAGUGAGGUAUGCAGCUCCAAGGGACACGGUACUACAGUACAUGUUCUACCAGCCCAUCCGAUACCAGUGGAGGGAGACCGACUUCUUCCCCUGCUCUGUCACCUGUGGGGGAGGCUAUCAGCUGAAUUCGGCAGAGUGCACAGACAUUCGCUCCAAUAAGGUGCAGGCCGAGCACCACUGUGAGAGCUACCCAGAGAACACCAAGCCCAAGCCCAAACUCAAGGAGUGCAACAUGGAUCCUUGUCCUGAGAGUGACGGCUUCAAGGAGGUGAUGCCUUAUGACCAUUUUCAGCCUCUUCCACGCUGGGAGCAGAACCCGUGGACCAUGUGCUCUGUGACAUGUGGCGGGGGCAGUCAGGAGCGCAGCGUGGUGUGUGUGGAGGAGGACGUGCAUGGCCAAUUCACCCAGGUGGAGGAGUGGAAGUGCACCCACUCGCCCCGGCCCUCCACCCAGCAGACCUGCAACACCUUCAGCUGCCCACAGUGGAAUGCCAUGGAGUGGUCCCAGUGCACAGUGACGUGUGGGCGUGGGUUGCGUUACAGGGUGGUGCUCUGUAUUGACCACCAGGGCCAACACACGGGCGGCUGCAAUGCCCGACACAAACCACAUGUCAAAGAGGACUGCCUGGUGCCCAUCGCCUGCCACAAGCCUCGAGAGAGUCUUCCAGUGGAAGCCAAGCUGCCCUGGCUGAAGCAAGCCCACGAACUGGAGGAGCCAAAAACUGCCUCAGAAGAACCCACGUUCAUCCCGGGUCCCUGGUCCCCCUGCAGCACCAGUUGUGGUCCCGGCAUGCAGAAGCGCUGGGUCAAGUGCCGGGUUCUGUUGUCCUUCACGCGGGCCGAGGUGGACCUGCCGGACGAGGAGUGUGAGGCAGAGAAGCCGCCAAUGCAGAGGCGCUGUGAGCUGGAGCCCUGUGUGGGCUCUCCGGCGCCACCUCAAGGUGGAGACGGGCAGCACGGCCCCCAGUGGGGCUACCGCACGUUCAGCCCCUGCUCCAAGUCCUGUGGCGGAGGCACGCAGACAUUUGUGGCGCGGUGCUUGAAUGGUGGGAAGGUGGUGAGCAGUGGCCUUUGUGACAGCGCCAGCCGGCCGCGGGUCAUGAUGCGAGUGUGCAACCCAGAGCCCUGUGGUGUGAGAUGGGAGGUGAGCCAGUGGUCGCGCUGCUCGGCCACGUGUGGCGUGGGGCUGCAGAUCCGCCAGGUGCACUGUGUGCAGAGCGACAGGGACAAGAUGGCUGACAAGGACUGCAAGGAGAGCAAACCCAGCGAGGUGCAGGCCUGCUACCAGGUGGACUGCCCCCCAGCCUGGGAGACCGAGGCCUGGCAAAAGUGUUCCCACACCUGUGGUGGCGGUAAGCAGUCCCGGAAGGUGUACUGCAAGCAACGGCUGGGCACUGGAAGCUUCCAGAAGCUAAAGGAUGCGGCGUGUAAAGGCGUGAAGCCGGUGGCUCACAGGCCCUGUGCCACAGAGGACUGCCUCACGCCCCGGCUGGAGGGAGGAGAGUGGUCUAAGUGCUCGGUGACGUGUGGCACAGGGGUGCAGCGGCGGCAGGCUGUGUGUCGGAGGCAGACCCCGUCUGGCCAGCAGGUGACGCUGAGUGCAGUGGCCUGCAGGGGUAUGACCCUCCCUCCACUCACCAGGAGCUGCCGCAUGGGACCCUGCAAAAAAGUGAAGACCUGUCCUCAGAUCCUCAGCAACCCCCGGACCUACAUCCAGACGCGCCCUGAGAAGCGUCUCCACUUCACCGUGGGCGGGCGCGCCUACCUCCUGCCCAAGACCUCGGUGGUCAUCAAGUGCCCUGUGCGCCACUACCCCAGUAAGUCCCUGAUCCGCUGGCUGAAGGACGGCAAGGAGCUGCCCACCUCCAAGCGUGUGGGUAUCACCAAAUCCGGCGCCCUGCGUAUCUAUAACUUAGAGCCCAGCGACAUUGGCGUGUACCGCUGUGUGGCCUACACCGCCACAGCACGAUUCAUCCUACAGCUUAUCGGCAGCGAUAACCGGAUCCUGGAGCACCCGGAGGGCAAGGGCUUCUUGCAGGGGGACGGCGACGACCCAGUAGCCGCACUCGGAGACAACUGGUGGAUGCCUCGGUGUGUGCAUCACGACUAUCUGUUUCCGGAUUGGAAACAGCGGAGUGAGUUCUAUGUGCCCGAGGGUACUGGGUCGCAGAGUACGACCGGGUCACUGCGAACCCUCAACAGCAAUGCUGUGCGGAUCUCCACGGGAAACCAGGGGACUGUUGUGCAGCAGAUUCCAGACAGACGACUUGAAGCCAGCGUGGUCCAUGGAGCCUUUAGCUUGCUACCAGCACACUCUGGAGAGCUGACCAGAAACGUCACCAGUCUAGAAGACAGCAGCACUGCCAGGACAAUAGACAGACUGGGCACUCAGCACAAGUUAGUGGUGUUAGAGAGCCCGGUGGAAAAGGGGGAAAGCUCAACAAGAGAGGCAGGAUCAAACACCAGGAACAAGCAGCAGGACAAGAUGGCUAAUUCCUCAGAGCGUGCGCCGGAUAAAGAGCGUAAGAGUCCCAGGAAGGCCGCCAUUACGCGGCACGAGCACCACGGCCCUCUCAUGAGCUUCCACAGGGACCUGAAGGUCCACGUGGGCAGAGUGGCCUACUUGACCAACGCCACACGCAGCCUGUCACUGCUCUGCCCUGCCCAUGGGACGCCUCAGCCCACCGUGACCUGGACCAAGGAUGGGGCACCACUGCAGUAUAGAGAGAGGGUCCUUUGGCAGGAUGCUGAGGGUCUUCACAUCUAUAAGCCGGGCCUGGAGGAUGUGGGUCUUUAUCGCUGCAUAGCCACCAACCAGCUGGGCUCAGAUUCAGAGAGCUCCCUGCUACAGCUUGCUGAGUACCCCAAGAUCACCCUAUCCUGGAGGAACGUGUCUGACCUGGGCAGUGCUGCCCUGACUGCCGUGGUGGGAGGCUGGAUCCGGCUGCGUCUGGGUGCCAAUCUCACUCUGGACUGCCCAGUCACAGGUGUUCCUCAGCCAACAGUCAGUUGGCACAAGAAGGAGGGUGCUUUGAGUGGCAACACCCGGCUCCUUCCGAACGGCUCUCUGCUUCUCCACAACAUCACACUGCAGGACUAUGGGGCGUAUACAUGUGUUGCUGCCAACCCCAUUGGAAAAUCGGCCGCCUCCAGCCACCUCCAUGUGACUGCGACGACCCUGGCGUUAUCGGAGCACCCCGCAGUCGUGUCUAAGGAGGCAGGCCGCAAACGAGUCCUUAUGGCCUCUCGGAUCGGCACUCAGGCCAUGGUCAGACCUGGAGAUAUCCUACGUAUCGGGUGUCCGGUGGUCCCCAAUCACAGGAGGCCCAUCAGAUGGUACUUCCAGAACCAGACUCUGGCGGAGGUCCAGGGCCUGCGGCAUCGCAUGCUGGUGGGGGGACGUGUGCUGGAGGUAAACACGCUACACGGGAGGUUCAACGGACGCUACAGCUGCCAGACCCAGACAGCCAGCCAGCUCCUCUCAGCAUGGGUCCACAUCAACCUGGAAGAGUUUGGCUGGCAGCUGGGCAACUGGAGUGUGUGCAGUGCGUCCUGUGGGAACCGAGGGACUCAGACAAGGAAGCUCCGCUGCGUGAAUCCAGACGGGAGUGAGGUACCCCCCUCUACCUGCCACCAUCUCCCCAGGCCGAUGACCUCUCCCCAGGCCUGCAAUACCCACGACUGCCCUGCCAGCUGGGUAUCCACGCCAUGGUCCAAAUGCUCCUCUUCCUGUGGGCGUGGCUUCAGGCAGAGGCAGGUGUCAUGUCAGCAGGUGGAUGCUGCAGGUACGGUGCGGACCCUAUCCCCAUCCACCUGUUCAGAGACACCCCAACCCACAGACCGAGAGGACUGCACCACACACACCUGUGCCACGUGGGUGACCAGUGCUUGGGGACAGUGCACGGGUCGAUGCCUUGGCCCAGGUGUGGCCAGCCAGAGCAGAACAGUGAUGUGCAAGCACCUGAACAGUUCCAUCAGCCCAGGGGCGUCAUGUGACCCUAAAGACAGGCCGCAGACGUCUCAGAACUGCUCAUCGGAGGUGUGUGACGUCCAGUGGAGGGUGUGGCCCUGGCGGCUGUGCACGGUGGCCUGUGGCAGUGGCUUCCAGUCUCGCCGUGUCGAGUGUGUCCAACGCAGGACCAACAGGACCGUCCCUGACCAGAACUGCACCUGGCAACGGAGGCCGGUCUCCUGGCAACACUGCAACAUCACAUCCUGCAGCAAUGAGUGCAAAGACACAACCCAGUACUGUGCAGUGGUAAAGCGUCUGCAGCUGUGUCUUGUGGAUCUGUACCGGCAAAGAUGCUGUGAGUCCUGUUCCGUGGACACUCACCCCAUAUAGUGUUCAGUGCUGUGGACCUCGCUGGCUGUGGAUUUCACUACUGGCAAUGGAACACACACCGCUUCUAGAACGUUUGGCUGGAGAAUUGGAAUAUUUUUUUGUUUGUGAAGACACCUGAAUGGAUACAAUAUUUUUUUUUCUCAAAAGGGGGAAAAGGAGAAAACAUUUCUUUUGUGGCAUGAUUGAGCUCUUGAGGAAAAUGGCUUCGACAACUUGUGGCUUCGACAUAUCCACAUACACAAACAGAUUAUUGUUUAUUUUUGGUUAUUGACUUGGUGUGUUUCAGCCUGCAGCCUUGUUAAAGUGGUGUUAACAUUUUGACAAAAAUUGGCCUCGUCGUCUUAGCUGGUCAGAAGCAACCAGAAGAUCAACAAGAUCUUGCCUAUUUACUUCUUAUUUGAAGAUGCCAUUAACCAUAACAAAUGUUUUGACAACAAUCUCUCUGUAACAGUGCAAAAAUGAUGUGUGCUUUUUAUUUGUAUUUAUAGCAAAUGCAUCUGUUGUUGUAAUCUACACCUGGUCUAGAUUUAGGUCAAAUUCUUUCAGGGCCAUUCGCUUGUGUGAAGGGAUGGACAAGUUCAGGCAGAAGUCGGGAUGCUGUCAUACAUAUGGAAUCAUCAACUUGGUUGAAAAAGGAAUAUCCCAUUAUGAUCAAAGACAUGAAUCAUGAACUCUUGGCUAUUGCAAUUGGAAUAUUUAUUUAUUUUUAUAUGUUCAGGACUUUUUUAAAAGGAUAAAGUGAAGGACUUGGGGAAAAUUGUCACUAAGGGAUAUAUUCUUACUGGAUUCAGAAAGUAUACUUUUUUCUAAGGGAAAAAAACACCCCUUCAAUCUGGACAAAGACAUGCAGUGUAAUGUUUUUAUAGUGGCUAAGGUGUUCCUGAAGAACAGUUGGAUCUUGUAUUUCUUUCCGUAUUGUGUUGUAACAGUGUGCUCAUCGGCGUAGGUUUGCUGCAUACGGUGGUAUGGACGUUUCACCAUCAAUAAUUUGGGAAGACAAAAUAGUCCCUACCGAUAUUUAUCAUUUAAGUUUCGGAAAAUUGGUUUUGCGAACUCCUGCUUUUCCCCCUUUUGUUUUUAGAAUUUCGACAUGUAUUCAAACCUUGAAUGUCAAGAUUAUCCAUGCCUCGUUGUCACUUAGUUCAACUAAACGGAGAUCACAGUGUACUCAUCUGCAACUGAAUCUUUACAUCAAUAUGUUAGUUUUCAAACGAUUGAUUCUAUGAACAAUUUUAGAUUUUCUACACCUCUUUCCAGAUCAGUACCUUAUGUGAACAUGCGUGCACAGUUCCUUAGAUUGUUCUUAAAGGUCCAAUGUAUCAUUUUAGUUGUUCAUUUCCAAAAUCUAAGCUGGCCGUUGACAAAUUGAAUCUUUUUCAUUAAUAUUUACAAAGUAAAUAAACCAGUAGCCUGUAUGUCUGUCAGUCUGGCCAGAGUAGCCAAAUAUGUCUAUGACUUGUGAUUCAAAGUGGCAGAUUUAUAUGGUGAGGAUGCACCUGUUCAUGUAUGAAAAGUGUAUAUUUCCAAACUGUAAUGAAUGCUUAGAAAUGGAUGGUGGUAUUUCUUAGACGUUUAUGAAAAAGAUGAUAAUUAUGAAUGGUCAGCAUACAUUCUGCAAUUAACCUACUAAAAACCUGCAUCAAGUUAGCACAUGGAGAAGUGUGCACCACCAUAAUCACCAUAAUCGUAACCAUCACAAAAUAGUGCAUUGUGUGCAUUGAUGACAAGCGUUAAAACACACAGGGUAUACCCAGUGAUGUAGCAGUUAAUUUCCAUUGUCCAUUGAGAAGUUAAUAUCGGCUUCUAAAACCCAGUCACAAAAAAAGCCCAUCAAUAUUAAGAUAAGAUGGUGUGUGUGUGUGUGUGUGUGUGUGUGUGUGUGUGUGUGUGUGUGUGUGUGUGUGUGUGUGUGUGUGUGUGUGUGUGUGUGUGUGUGUGUGUGUGUGUGUGUGUGUGUGUGUGUGUGUGUGUGUGUGUGUGUGCAUAUGCCUGUUAUACGUACACGUGUACAUUUUUGUUUGUUUUUUUGUUUUUGUUUUUUCUUGGGCAGGAGAGGUGGGGAGUAAUUAUCCCAACCAAAGCUGAGACCAAGCCUACGCCCUUGAGUGUGCUGCUUUGUAAAAUAUGACUUGUAAAUAAGGCGUUUUAAGUGCAAUAUCAUGUACAUUGUGUGUAGUUUUUUUUUCUUACGCUCAGAUUUAGAAUAAAUAAGUUGACUUCAUGUACCUUGCAGUCAUGGCCAAAGUAUUGGGAUGUAAACACUUGAAAUGUGCUGCACAGUAGCCUAAACGUGACCAUAAAUGUUGAUUGCCAUACA